AAUUACAGUGCUAGGCCAACUCAUAAAUCUGAAUCACAAUUAAUAGGGAUAUUCACGACAGGUGGGAUCGCGCAAGAAUCUGGAGGGAUUCUAAAGAAGACUUUUCUAUAUAGAAGGUAUCUCUUCAUAGAGGGAGACUCUGAGUUACACGGUGAGAGAUUCUCCUUCUAACUUCUCCUAUCCGGGGCAGCUUUGAAUUUCAGUCUGCGCAAUGGCGGUUACCAUGAAGCAAAUGUCUGUUCUAGUAGCCACUCUUGGAAUAGUGUCUUUCGUAUUAGGAGUAAUUGCCGAAAAUAAGAAGCCAGCAUCCGGGACUCCUAUAACUGGUAAAGGUGUUGUUAUUUGCAAGUAUCCAAAAGAUCCAACUGUUGUUUUGGGCUACCUAUCAACUCUAUUUCUCUUAGCUUCAGUGGGUGUUGGAUAUGUGUCUCAAUUUUAUCCCUACAAAGGGAAAUCUGUUCCACAAUCUGUUCUCUUUCGAAGUAAAACGUUCCUUGCCUUCUUCAAUAUUGCUCUGUUUUGUGGGGGCUUAGCCUUGACCUUGCUGUUGUGGCCAACGAUUACAGAGCAACUUCAUUUGUCUCGAAAUGUUCACCAUAAUAUUGAAACAACUUGCCCAACAGCCAAAACUGGACUUUUUGGAGGUGGGGCAUUUCUUUCUCUUGAUUCCGCCUUGCUUUGGUUAGUUACCCUUAUGCUUGCUGAUAAUGCUCGAGAGGAUUACUUUGAUGAAAUUGAGCAAGCUGGGAAGGGUCUUGAUGGUGACAUGAUAUCAGCAUCAUCUACUUUUAAUGUUGGCACUGCCUAAACUAUAUAUAAAUAUAUAUUUUUAUAUGAAUGGCGUAAACUCCGACUUUAUAAGUCGUAGGUCUGUAUUCCCCGUAUAAAAAUUAUUAUUAUAUUAGCAAUGGAAUGACAUUUUAUUGUAAAUAUUGUGGUUAAUCACAGUUUGCUCUCCUGUAUGUGUGACAAGAAUUGGUGUUUUGGUUUCAUCCAAAGGAUAAUAAUUAUUUGGGUUACCCAGUUAGUUUAAA